AUGGCAGACCCUAGCACAUACGAAUUUUUCAAGCUAAACCCUCAGCCAUCCAACAAAAUAAACGCACCAUCAAAUUCCCGACUGUUCUCUUGCCUGUACUGCAACCGCAAAUUCUGCACUUCUCAAGCUUUGGGUGGCCACCAGAACGCCCACAAGCGCGAGCGAGCGGCCACCCGACGAACCCUAACCACCGCCGACGGCCAUUCCUUCGCCGGAUCCUUCGAACGCAACGACCAGCCUCCCCCAUAUGCCGCCUACUGGCUUCAGCCGUCCUCUAAUCCUCCUCCAGCUCCUUUGGCAGUUUUCGGUGGAGGACGACGAUCGGCUUCUGAGCAGUUUUUCGGAAAUGAGUCCGCAGACAACGUUAACCUUGAUCUCACGCUUCGAUUGUGA